UUUUGUGUUUCAUGCGGCCCUCCAGAACAACAGGUGGCGCUAACCUCUCAUUUUAGCCUCGCAGCAAACUGGGACACGCAUGCACAGGAGAAAAGUAGUGACCGCUGCAGAAGUUUUAAGCACGUCCGAAGUGCAGGGAGAAAACUGAACGAGCGUGGAGAUGGAAAUGCACCUUCCACCUCACGAGGGAGACGAGCUCUCAGUGGUCGACAUGCACACAGGCGGAGAGCCUUUACGGGUCGUUCUCAGCGGCUACCCAGAGGUCAAAGGUGACACAGUGCUGUCCAAACGGCGUUACGUCCGGGAGCAUCUGGACCACCUCAGGAGGGUGCUGAUGUACGAACCGCGAGGACACUAUGACAUGUAUGGAGCCCUGAUCGUGGACAGCGAGAUGCCCGAGGCCGAUCUGGGGGUGCUGUUCAUGCACAACGAGGGGUACAGCACCAUGUGUGGACACGCCGUUAUCGCACUGGGACGCUUUGCUGUGGACUACAAACUGGUGAAGGAGCCACAGUCGCCAGAGACCCAAGUGAACAUACACUGUCCCUGCGGUCUGGUGAGGGCCUUUGUUGAGUACUCUGACGGUAAAACAGGAGGAGUGAGGUUUCUAAGUGUGCCGGCUUUUGCCUUUGCUACAGAUGUGACAGUGACAGUUGAAGGUUUUGGUGAUGUGACGGUCGACAUCAGCUAUGGAGGAGCCUUCUAUGCCUUUGUAAACGCCCAGAAGUUUGGCCUUGAUGUCACCAAGUCCAGGACUCGAGAUCUGGUGGAUGCAGCCACAGCGGUGACCAGCGCUGUCAAAUCGCAGGUAAAGCUGCACCACCCAACCAGCGAUGAUCUGGCCUUCCUCUACGGCACCAUCCUCACAGAUGGCAAAGACAACUUCUCCUCUGACGCCACCGCCAAUGUGUGUGUGUUCGCAGAAGCUCAGGUGGACCGAAGCCCUACUGGUUCUGGUGUCACGGCCCGAGUGGCUCUUCAGUAUCACAAAGGUCUCAUCCAGCUGAACCAGACCAGGACGUUUCAGAGUGGAGCCACUGGAUCUCAGUUCACAGGGAAAGCUGUUGAGGAGAUCAAGUGUGGAGACUUCCAGGCUGUAGUGGUGGAAGUUGCUGGCAGAGCUUUUUAUAGCGGAGUUUCCCGCUUCGUGCAGGAGCCUGAUGACAAGCUGACGCAUGGUUUUCUGCUGAAGUCCAGUGUGUACGACUUCCAGCAGUGUGGUCGCGGUCGGAGCACCGCUCGUCUCACCCUCCACAUACGGUGGCUGCUAAAAACAUGAAAAGCCCUCGCUAAAACCACUGUUUGGUUUGUCCAUUGUAGGCUACUGUAGAAACAUAGUGAACCCUGGCGAAGAAGACCUGCUCCCUCUGCUAAUAGAAAAGGCUCAUUCUAAGGUAAUGAAAACACAAUAUUUUUUUAGUUCAUACACUAAUAAAAACUGUAGCAAAUUAUUAUUAAUUAUAAUAAUUUUAUUAUUAUUAUUAAUGUAUUAUAUUAAUGUAUUAUAUUCCUUUUCUGCUCCUGCAUCUUACACACUGAACCUUUAAAGAGCAGUUUAAAAGUGAUAUGCUGACAACAUUCACAUUUGAGAAUCGGCUGGAGUGUAAACAACUUAUGAUGUCAGAAGAAGAAGAAGAAAAAAAUUAAAUUUGUAUUGAAACAGUGGUUGUUAGAUGUUCUGUUCAGUAUCAGUUCCUGACCACUAGAUGGAGCCAUGAGUUCAUCAGAGUGCAUGUGCAUGUUAACUAAAUACAAAAACUCAUAACUUUUCUCCCAUUUAUUGUCAUUGGGUCAUUGUACAAUGGAAGGCAAUAUUUAAAUUAUAAAAGUCCAUUGGAGGUGUUCGACACUGGAUGGAUUCACACAGUUAAAAUCAAAGCUUUCACACCAUUGUGUGAUAUUUUCUGCAAGAAUGAAAACAUCACACAUGGAUAACAAAGCAUUUAAAAUCAAGUGAAAUCAGCGUUUUGCUUCCUUUUUUCUUUUGUUGAAGUGUAAAUCCAGCUAGUGUACAAAAAACAUAACUCAUCUAUUCAAUAAAAACUUACAGGAGGGCACUCCCUUCAGAGAGGAA